AUGUCAUCAGGUUUUUUGAAUUUAACAAAAAGGAAAUUAGGAGGGAAUCACAUAUAUUUGGGAAAAUGGCAUGAUUUUAACCAAUGGAAAUAUAUAGCACCAACGAAUUUAUUAAAUAUUAUAAGACCUGUAGAACAAACAAAAUCAGUAACAGCUGAUUUAUAUAAACAUAAUGAUGUAUUAAGUUAUUUAAAUGAUGUAAGUCAUGGUAAAAUAAUAACAAUUGAUGAUUUGCAUUCAAAUAACUUAAAAAAAAAUAAAAUAAGAGGUACUGGUUUUCAUGGACCAGAAAGAACGGAUGUAUUUAGAUUAAUUUUAUAUAAUAGAUUAAAACAAAAACAACCACAAAGAAUUGUUCCAGAUAUUCAAGAAAUGAAAGAUGCAAAUAAAUUAGAAGUUUCUAUUGUUUGGUUUUUGUGGUCAUUUGUUAUAAUCUAUUGUUCUAUGUGCAUAUAUGGAAGUAAUUAUAUAAUAAAAAAUAAAUCUACAUCAUUCCCAUGGAUGCCUAAAAGAACAGAUGGUUCAAAAGGAGAAGGUCCAAUGUUUUGGUUUUUGGAAUAA